AUGGCGAAUACGUUGUCCUUUCGGAAUCCAUCCAGCGUCCGGCCAUCACGCUAUCGCACUCCCUCCCCGCCACGACAUGCCAUCGAGUCGAUCUCACCUCGCGCUCCCGUCCAUAUCUCAUCCUUCUCCACCCGCGACGUCCAUCCCAACGAUGCCCCUCAGCAACCCCGAUAUGACACAUUUAGAGAGAAAGAGUCCUCAUUGAAAAAUGGGUGGAGUAAUGCCUCCCAGGAUGGACGGACGAGUCUUGAUCAUUCUAGUCACCACUACUCUUCUGGCGGUUCAUCCAGCAACGACGCAAAUACAAACCCCGUUAGCAAAGUCGCCCACCAAAGAACCGGCUCAAACAUCGAUACUCUGGCCACCAUUGCACUCGCGACAAGUCCAACCUUUGCGCCUCUUGCCUACGAUGAGCAUCCUACUGCCAUAUCACCAACAACCCAUCACGCACCUGCUCCAGAUCAGUCUGAACGGCCAUCCAAACGCGCUCGAUCGGAAAAGGCUCCAUCACCUACCUGGCUAAUGGGAGCUUCCAGGCCUGCUACGAGCCAUGUUUCCACCUUUGAUAGCAUGAAAACCGAUGCAGAGUUGUUGCUUAAUUUUGCGAGACCCAGCAAUUUUCCACCCCUCCAAGACGGCUCAGGACCACAGCAGCUGGCUGCGCAUGAGCUAGCGAACGGCCAGCAGCUCGGCGUUAAAUGGGCCACAGAUACUGCUAACCUGUGGGCGAAAAGAUGGGAUAUUACUGCGGAGAACAAACCAUCUUCUGCUUUCUUCAGGAACAACAAUAAUGGUACCCCAUCACGCAUUCGAUCGAGGUCUGACGGUUCCGCAUUCACGGGAAGACCACUAAUGAAUGGCUUCUCUGGACCGUCUCUACCCCCAUUGAUGGGUCCCGCCCUUGAGGAUGACUUGAUCGAUCCACACCACAUUCCAGAUCAACAUCAUAACAAUGCACAAGCAAAUGGACCUAAUGGCCAGGAAACACCAUCGGCACAACUCCAACGUCCAAAAAGUGUGCCUACGUCCGAUUUGAAAGAGGAAGACUCCGAUAACGACAGUUCUAACCAAGCAACCUGCGCAGCUUGUAACCUCGAUCGAAUCGCGUCUGACAGUGAAGACGAGGAGGCCGUGACUUGGAUAAAUUGUGAUGGAUGUAUGAGGUGGUUUCAUAUCGUGUGUGCGGGAUUCAAAAGUGACCGCGACACCAGGAUAGUUGACAAAUUUAUCUGCCGUGGGUGUCGACCUAGACAUGGACCGACUACUUUCGUACGCAAGUCCUCCCGCGCACGAACAGCUAUUGACUAUGCGAGCCUAAAUCAGGGGUUCGUCAUGUCAUCCACCGAAACACCAGAGCAUCAUUACAUCCAGCCAAUCAAAGAAGGGAAGAUCACUUUUUUGCCAGACCACUUUGCUCGGAUACGUCCGGAGUUUGUCACUGCUGAAUACUUUGAGCGAGGUAUAGGAAUGACUGAACCCGUAAUCAUUCCCGCAUCUCUCAAUACGCGCUCCUCAGUCCCUGGCUCAGCCGAUUAUUAUGCACCCGAAGCCUCCACACAGGAGGAAUUUGAUGAACUCGCUGACAACAUGCCCGAUGAUGAUGUUGACUUCAACGAAGUUCUCGAUUGCGGUCAGGAUUUGUUGGACAUGGUCAUCCCGCAAGGUCUUACUGUUCGACAUGUAGCUGAGCUUUAUGGACCUGAAGAGCGAGUCGAGGUGAUAGAUGUCAAAUCGCAGCAGGGGGAAGACAAGAGAUGGAACAUGCAACGCUGGGCAGAUUACUACUACGACGAUUCUGCGUCAAAAACUGUUCGCAACGUAAUCAGCCUCGAGGUUUCCAACAGUCCUCUAGGAAGGCUCAUUCGACGACCCAAAAUUGUCCGCGACCUUGAUCUCCAAGACCACGUGUGGCCUGCCGAAUUGCAAGCCAUAGGCGAAUUUCCAAAAGUCCAAUUCUACGUCUUAAUGUCUGUUGCAGAUUGCUAUACCGACUUUCACAUUGAUUUUGGUGGCUCUUCUGUCUACUACCAUAUUUUGAAGGGAAGGAAAACUUUCUUUUUCAUUCCGCCCAAGGACAAACACCUGAAGAAAUAUGAGGAAUGGUGUAACUCGGCUGCGCAGGACACUACUUUUCUCGGAAAUCAGACCAAGGAAUGCUAUCGAGUUGACCUUUCAGCCGGUGACACCAUGCUUAUUCCAUCUGGUUGGAUCCAUGCCGUCUGGACACCGGAAGAUAGUCUUGUCAUUGGCGGAAACUUCCUCACAAUGAUGAACUAUGGAAUGCAAAUUAAAGUUGCGAAAAUCGAGAAGGACACAAAGGUUCCCAAGAAAUUCCGUUACCCAUAUUUUCAGAAAAUCAUGUGGUAUGCUGCCAUCAAGUACUUGGAGGACGAUCCCAUUCCACAGACAGUUUUGGAGUCAUUCUCGCGUGACGAAAACUACCGCUUCUACCGCGAAUAUCCGAUUUACUAUGAAUUCGGAGAAAAUGGCAAUGGUGCCGAACCUGGGUCACCGUAUUACAAUGCACGCUUCUACUCCCAAGCAGAACUGGAUGGCCUGCCUGAACUAGCAAAAUAUCUCCUGAGGACUGCCUUGAUUGCCGGUGGAUACCAAGUUGAUGGGGUCACGACAGAAACUAGGAACGCUGUGAAAAAAUCCAUUCCUAAAGGACCAACAGAUCCCGUUAACAUUGUCAUAAAAUUCGGGGUGUGGGUAGCUUGGAAACGCGGCAAUGAGCAUGCCGCAAGCUGGACACGCCCGGGUGCCAUAUCUCUUGAUACCAAGGUUGACAUGUCUGGUAGGAAACCAGCUGGUAGACCUAGUCGACGCUCCCAGCGGAAUAUCGUUGCUGAAAGCCCGCAGCUCAAUAACAACCUUGAAUUGAGCACCGGUCGCCGUCCCUCCUAUCAGUUAUCCGAAUUUAAUACGAGUCGUACUUCCAGUACCAGUCUUGCUUCUACGAAUGCACCCUCCACAAGCGGAACACCAGCCCCGCCGAAACGAAAGGCCUCUCUUGUUGAUAUGAAAUCCGAAAUUACUCAUGCAACUAAGCCGCGUUUGAUGUCCAAGUCGACUGGCCUGGGUCCAAAACGCGUUGCGUGUGAUGCUUGUCGAAAACGACGGAUCCGUUGUCGACAUAAAGAUGAGCAAGGCCUAGAUGCUGUAACAUCCAUGGCAGUCAAGCAACAACACCUCAAUGGCAGGGAUAUGGCAACUGCUGGGUCCUUGAACCUUGCCUCGGCUACAUAUAUGGAUGGGAUUGAAGAACACCGUUCUGGGAAGCGGGAUGCGAUGUUGCCUAGCUCCGUAGAUGAUUCUUCAGCACUCUUUAUGACCCACCAAGCCAACUCAGGCAAGAUGAAAGGGUUUAUUCCGAAUUCCUCCAAUCCUGGAAAGAAGGGCCGUAGCAAGGCUUGUGACGAGUGUCGGAAGAGCAAGCGUCGUUGCAUCCAUGAUGAAAAUGGCCGGAUAGAUCCUGUCAAAGCGCAAGAGCGGUCAAAGCCCCGAGCGACAAGUUCCACUAAACGUCCUCGAUCCAGCGAUGGCAAUAUAUCCCCCACGUUAAGCAAGCGUCAAAGGCCAGAAUCUGAGUAUUCUGAAGAGGAACUUCCUCAGACCAAGUUGAACUUUGAGACUGUUCAAUUGCAGGGUCGUAUGAAUGGGCAAAAUGAGAAGCUGGUCUCCAGUGAGAAUGCUGGAAUUCCGACACACAGCGAACUUACCACGAAUCAAACAUCAUAUGCCUCACCACCCACAUUGAAAGCUGAUCUCGUGACAUCAUCAGAAGUUACUGCGUCCCUAUCAGCAACCACGGGCCCAGCAAGCAGCCUUGUCUCUCCCCCUACCUCACUCGCAGACGAUAUGGAAGUCGACCCUAAUCAGACCGAUGGCGAAGCGAAGCCUGCCGUGAAGAACGAGCAACAACAGCAAGAACACUAUGGUGGACGGUCUGUCGUCAAUGAUGCUCUCACCACUUUAUGCCGAAACGCUUCCCGUCACCAGCGCCAUGCUCCUGAAGCCACUGUUCCCGCAGCAGAAGUGGGCAGUCGCAAGAUGACGACGGCAACACGCGCUCCACCCGCGACCGUAACAGCACCUUCAGACUUCAACAACAACAACAGACACACCUCGCCGACCUCUCCGCAUCGCCGCAGCAAACUGACGGGUCGUGACCGUGGCAGCUUCUCAGAUCCGGACGCUGACCCCGACACUUUGCGGUUGAUCAGGGAGAUGCAGGAGCAGGACUUUGGGUUGAGGAAGAGGCCUUCAAGGACGUGA